AUGAGUUCCCCUGGCAAACAGGAGUCCCAGCUGGGGGAAGAACCGGAGGCUCACAGGGUCUCCAGGAAGGUAACAGGGUCUGGUGUGUCCAGAGCUCCAUCCAUGAGGAGUGAUGUAUCAAAAGAUGAUGGCCCUAACAUGGCAGGAGGAGAAAGGCUGUCCAGGAAGGGACCAGGUUCUGGUGUGUCCAGAGCUCCAUCCAUGAGGAGUGACUGGUCAAAAGAUGAUGGCCCUAAAAUGGCAGGAGGGGAAAGGCACUCCAGAAAAGAAACAGGGUCUGGUGUGUCCAGAGCUCAAUCUAUGAGGACGGACUGGUCAAAAGAAGAGCCCCCUUACAUGGCAAAAGGAGAAAGGGAACAAGAGAUAGAAUACGACCUAGACACCAGCAGCAGUCAGGAUAAGCAAUCAGAUCUGCUUCAUAUUUUUAAGGAGCUUGAGGAGAAUAUCAUCACCUUUUUAAAGAAAGAGCUGCAGAGAUUUAGGAUGAUCCUCUGUCCAGACUACCAAGAAAACUAUGAUAUGAAAGCAGGGGAUGAGAGUGAUGCCAGAGAAGGAGCUCUCAAGAUGGCACUACACUUCCUCCGUAAGAUGGAGCAUCAGGAUCUUGCUGACAAACUGAAUGAAAGUAAGAUAGAUGAACUCAAUAUAAUUUGUCAGAAUGACUUGAAAAGAACCCUCAAGAACAGGUACCAGAAUGUCUCUGAAGGUAUAGCCAAAUCUGGAAGCUCUGUUCUGCUGCAAAAUAUAUUCACAGAGCUCUACAUCACAGAGGGAGGAAGUGGGAAAGUAAUUGAGGAGCAUGAAGUCAGGCAGAUUGAGUCUAUGUCAAAGAGAGCAGCUGGACAGGACAAACAAAUCAAAUGUUCUGAUAUCUUUAAGCCAUCAACUAGUCAGGACAAACCAAUAAGAAGAGUCCUAACAAAAGGGGUUGCGGGCAUUGGCAAAACUAUUUCUGUGAACAAAUAUAUCCUGGACUGGGCUGAGGGUCAUGACAACAAAGACAUCGAUUUCAUCUUCCCACUAUGCUUUCGGGAGCUCAACCUUAUGAAAGACAAAGAGUGGUCUUUGAUGGAUCUUCUUCAUCACUUCUUUCCAGAGACAAAGCAGUUAACAAUUGGCUGUCAGAAGAAAUAUAACAUGCUCUUUGUCCUUGAUGGUUUGGAUGAGUGUCGACUUCAUCUCAAUUUUCAAACAAAUGAAAAUGUGUCUGAUGUGAGAGCUGUCACCUCACUGGAUGUACUCUUGAAAAAUCUCAUCAAGGGUAAUCUCUUCCCCUCUGCUCUGUUGUGGAUAACCUCUCGGCCAGCAGCAGCAAGUCAAAUUCCUCCAGAGUGUGUUGACCUAGUGACAGAAGCCCAGGGUUUCAAUGAUUCCCAAAAGCAGGAGUACUUCAAGAAGAAGAUCAACGAGGAGCAACUUGCAAGAAGAAUCAUUUCACACAUUCAAUCAACAAGGAGCCUCCACAUCAUGUGCCACAUACCUGUGUUCUGCUGGAUUGCUGCUAUGGUUCUGCAGACGAUUUAUUCCUCAGGACAUACACAGAUUCCAAAGACGUUGACAGAAAUGUACACAUACUUCCUCAUGUUUCAGACCAGACAGAGAAACAACAAAUUUGACAAUGUGCAUGACCUUAACACACAACAGAAUCAUAAGCUGAUCCUCCAUCUUGGAAAGCUGGCCUAUGAUCAGUUAGAGAAGGGCAAUCUGAUCUUUUAUGAAGAAGACCUCAGAGAGUGUGGCAUUGAUGACAAAGAUGCAACAGUGUUCUCUGGCCUUUGCACCCGGAUCAUCCAAGAAGAAUCAGGGAUUAUUCAAAGACCAAUGUUUUGCUUUGUGCAUCUCACUGUCCAGGAGUAUCUCGCCGCUUUGUACGCGAUGAUGAUGUUGGGUAUUGAAAAGAAAGACAUAAUAUCCUCACCACAUUCACCUCCAGUGAUGAAAUCGAUAAUCACCUUGCAGAAGAGUGCUGUGGACAAAGCUUUGGCUUACGAAGAUGGACGCUUUGACCUCUUCCUCCGCUUCCUUCUUGGCCUCUCUGUGGAGUCAACUCAGACUCUCCUGCAUGGUCUAAUACAGACUAGACAAAUUAAGAUGGGCAAUAAUGAAACAAUCACAUACAUUAAGGAGAAGAUCAGGGAGGCCUCAUCCUGCGAAAGGAUGAUCAACCUCUUCCACUGCCUAAAUGAGCUGAAUGACAACUCCUUAGUGGAGGAGAUCAGGAGCUUCCUUAGUGCAGGGUCUCUUUCUGAAGCUCAACUCUCACCUGGUCAGUGGUCCGCUCUAGUGUUUAUGCUGCUGACAUCAGACCAGAAUCUGAACGUGUUUGACUUGAAGAAGUACGCCAGAUCUGAUGAGGCUCUCCUGAGGAUGAAGCCAGUACUGGAGGAAUCCUACACGAUUCUGGUUGCCAGAUGUGGGCUCACUAAACAGAGCUGUGCAACAUUAGCCACCAUCCUCUGCAAAGACUCAUCGAAGCUCAGACACCUGGAUCUCAGUGACAACCACAUUGGAGAUGAUGGACUCCAACUACUGUGCAGUGGACUGGAGAUCCCCACCUCUGCACUGGAGACACUGAGGGCCGAUGGCUGUGGGCUCUCUGAACAGAGCUGUACAACAAUAGCAUCCAUCCUCUGCAAAGACUCAUCAAAGCUCAGACACCUGGAUCUCAGUGACAACCACAUUGGAGAUGUUGGAGUCCAACUACUGGUCGAUAGCUGUAAGCUCACUAAACAGAGCUGUGCAACAUUAGCCACCAUCCUCUGCAAAGACUCAUCGAAGCUCAGACACCUGGAUCUCAGUGACAACCGCAUUGGAGAUGUUGGAGUCAACCAACUGUGUAGUGGACUGGAGAGCCCAGACUGUGCACUGGAGAUACUGAGAUUGUCAGACUGUGGUGUAACAGGAGGAGGAUAUGCUGCUCUGGCCGCAGCUCUCAAAUCAAACCCUUCACACCUGGAGGAGCUGGACCUCAGAGGGAACGACCCCGGAGACCCCAGAGUGAAGUUACUCACUGAUCUAUUACAGGACCCUCAUUGCUUCCUCUCUCUUCUCCGCCUCUUGUGUCCCAGUAAAGAAGAAGCCUGCGAGUAUCUGACUACCGUUCUUGGUGGAAACCCCUUACUCAUGACUGAGCUGGAUCUGAGUGGCCAGAUACUAGGAGAUUCAGGAGCGAAGCAGUUUUGUGCCCUACUGGAAGAUUCACACUGCAGAGUGAAGACACUCACGGCCAAUAGCUGUGGGCUCACUGCUCAGAGAUGUACAAGACUAGCAUCUAUCCUCUCCAAAGAAUCAUCGAAGCUCAGAUACCUGGAUCUCAGUGGCAACCACAUUGGAGAUGUUGGAGUCCAACUACUGUGUAGUGGACUGAAGAACCACAACUGUGCACUGGAGACACUAAGCUUGUCAGACUGUGGUGUAACAGGAGAAGGAUAUGCUGCUCUGGCCUCAGCUCUCAAAUCAAACCCUUCACACCUGGAGGAGCUGGACCUGAGAGGAAACGACCCUGGAGACUCCAGAGUGAAGUUACUCACUGAUCUAUUACAGGACCCUCAAUGUAAACUAAAGAGACUGAGACUGUUGAAGACUGGUUCAGCAGAAGAAGCCUGCGAGUAUCUGACUACCGUUCUUGGUGGAAACCCCUUACUCUUGACUGAGCUGGACCUGAGUGGCAAGAUACCAGGACAUUCAGGAGCGAAGCAGUUUUGUGCUCUACUGGAAGAUUCACACUGCAGAGCCAAGACAAUCACGGUCGAUAGCUGUGGGCUCACUGCUCAGAGCUGCACAACACUAGCCAACAUUCUCUGCAAAGAAUCAUCAAAGCUCAGACACCUGGAUCUCAGUGACAACCACAUUGGAGAUGUUGGAGUCCAACUACUGUUUAGUGGAUUGAGGAGUCCAAAAUGUGUUCUGGAGGCACUGAAGUAA